GCGUCUAUCCAUUCCUGACGCAAGAGAAACGAGCAUAUGCAUCAGCCGCUUCAGGUACAGGUGUGCUGCAUCUCCGCGGCUCCGUCCGACCGUGACGCCACGCCCCCUCCCCGCCUAGACACGCCCACACAAUGCGAGUCUCCUACUGAAGCGAUCUCUGAGGCCGCUACAGACACGCCCAGGGCUCAGCAUCUUAUCUCCGUAUCGCUUUGCUGCUGCUUCUCUUCAGACAUGGAUGUUCUUACACUUCUGCUAAUCCUCUUAUCACUUCUACUGCUGUUUUGGAGGAGAUACAAGAAACGGCUUGAUUUGCCCCCAGGACCAUUCCCGUUGCCCCUGUUGGGUAAUAUUCUCCAGGGGAAGGCUGUGCUGUACGAAUCGUAUCGCAAGCUUUCUGAACAGUAUGGCCCAGUUUUCACUGUAUGGCUGGGAUCCACACCAGUGGUGGUACUCUGUGGGUACGAGGUACUGAAAGAUGCUUUGAUCGACCAUGCACAUCUGUUUGGUGCCCGUGGAUCCUUGCCAAUAACAGAACGAUUGACAAAGGGAUAUGGCAUUGUGGGAGUCAAUGGUGAACGCUGGAAGCAGAUGCGACGCUUUGCAGUGACAACAUUGAGAAAUUUUGGAAUGGGGAAGAGGUCCAUGGAGGAGAGAAUACAAGAGGAAGCUCUGCACCUAGUACAAGCAAUACAGCAGGCAGGAGGGGAGCGAUUAGAUCCUUUGGAUCUCCUUGAGCGUUCAGUAAACAACAUUAUCAACUUGGUGGUAUUUGGCAGACGCUGGGAUUAUGAAGACAAGCAGUGCCUCAAGUACCUAAGCAUCACAAACAGUUUGAUUGGAUUGAUCAGAUCCCCAUUAGGAUUGAUAUAUUCUGCAUUUCCCCGGAUUAUGCGUUACCUGCCUGGCCCACAUCAGAAGAUCUUCCAAGACAGUGAUGUGCUGACGUCUUUUUUCCGCGAGCAGAUUCAUUCUCACUGGAACACACUGGAUUUUGAUUCCCCACGGGAUUUUAUUGACUGCUUCCUCAUCAAGGCUAACGAGGAGAAGGACCUAAACGAAAGUGAAUUCUGCUCAGAUAAUUUGGUAUAUUCAAUAUUGGAUUUGUAUGUGGCUGGGACAGAGACCACCACAAAUACCAUGCAGUUCGCCUUGCUGGUCAUGAUGAAGUACCCCCACAUUCAAGUCAAGGUGCAGAUGGAGAUAGACAAAGCAGUUGGAUCAGAUCGAUUGCCUGGGGUGGCAGACCGAGCCCAUAUGCAUUACACUAAUGCAGUUAUUCAUGAGAUUCAGAGGUUUUUGGACCUUGUACCAAUGGCCCUCCCUCACAUGGUAACUGAGGACACAGUAUUCCGUGGGUUCAAUAUCCCAAAGGGAACAACUGUUAUACCUAUUCUUGGUUCAGCACUAUGGGACCCAGGCCACUGGAAGAGCCCAGAGGAAUUAAAUCCAGAACAUUUCCUAAAUGAGAAAGGACAGUUCUGUAAUCAGGCUGCAUUUAUACCAUUUUCAGCAGGUAAGAGAAUCUGUCCAGGAGAAGGGCUGGCUCGUAUGGAAAUUUUCAUCUUCUUUACUGCCCUGCUGCAGAAAUUCACAAUAAGAGCUGCAAACUCCACUGAUACAUUUAACCUGGGUACUCUGAGAAGGGCUUUCCGAAAAAAGGGGCUCUUCUAUCAGUUAAGAGCCAUCCCUAGAACCUGUACUGUGGAGAACUGAGAUCAACCCAAACUGACAAGAACCCUAAACUAGUGUUAGAUAAAAUGUACUGUAUGUCUGUUUAAUUAGGAAUUAAUUUUUUUUAUAUGCUAAUAAUAUAUGU